GGCUGAGUCAGUGAUGCACUGAAAGGCAGGAGGAAGCAGCCCACGGGAGAGAGCGGUUUGGUUCGAACGCUGAUCCCAUGAAGCAGGCCCUGUCCUGGUUUCCUUGCCAAUCUGGAGAUCCUAGUAAGAUCUGAGCCCAGAAAGCACCGCUCCCAUCUUCCUGCCAGGUUGCAUGGUAAGCUGGACUUACUGGUGCAUGGCAUUUGCAUGACUCCAUUAAAUCUCAGUGUGGAAUUGACAGUGACCGCCCGCAGCCAUGGCGCAAACGACGCACGUUAACGGCAGCACCUCAGAAAAAGGAGAGAGAGGUGCAGGUGCAGAAGAUGACCGAGACCCCGUGGCCCCUUACUAUCUGGAGACCCCGUACGGCUACCAGAUAGACCUGGACUUCCUCAAGUAUGUGGAUGACAUUGAGAGGGGGAACACCAUCAAGAAGCUGAACAUCCAGAGGAAACCCAAAGUGGCCAAGGCCGUGGCGGCAUCCCGGAGCGGCGGCGGCCAGACCGCAUGGGCCUCCACCGACUCGCUGUCCUCCUCCAACAGCGAAGAGAGCAAGCAGUCCCCCGUCUUCUUCGCCCCCGCCCGGAACCAGCCCACACCUCCACAGGCCCGGGCCGCCCCCGUCCAUGAGGCGCCCCCGGCCUUCCUGAGCGUCCCCGAGGGCAAGCUGCUGCUGCCACCGCCGUCCCCCAGGGUCCUCCGGCACAACCCGCAGGUGGAGAAGACCCUGAUGGAGACACGCCGGCGGCUGGAGCAGGAGCGCCUGCUCCUGCAGCCCCCGGCCAGCGAGCCCACCCGCCGGAGGCUGGCCAGCUUCGGGGGCAUGGGCUCCAGCAGCUCCCUGUCCUCCUUCACGGGCUCCAGCGGCCAGAACCAGAUCUCCCCGAACUCCCACCCGCUGCUCCACAACGGGCACCUGCCCAAUGGCGAGUACAACCACUACUUCACCUCGUCCAUGGGCAGCUCCAUCCGCCACAGCCCCAUGAGCUCGGGGAUGACCACGCCCGUCACCAACGUCAGCCCCGUGCACCUGCAGCACAUCCGUGACCAGAUGGUGGUGGCCCUCAAGAGGCUGAAGGAGCUGGAGGAGCAGGUCAAGACCAUCCCCAUCCUGCAGGUCAAGAUCUCGGUGCUGCAGGAGGAGAAGAGGCAGCUGGCCUCGCAGAUGAAGAACCAAAGGCUCUCCAAUCAGAACCAGCACCAAGGUGGUGCCUUCCGGAAGCGGUCGUACAGCGCUGGCAACGCCGAGCAGUUCGAGCAGUACUCCCAGCCCAGGAAGGGCUCGGAGCUGCACAUAGACUCUGAAGACGAGCAGGAGAGCGCUGAGCAGAGCUCCCAGAGGCUGGAGGAGUUCAGGCAGCUGACGGCCGAGAUGCAGGCCCUGGAGAGGAAGAUCCAGGACGUGGGCGACGAGUCGCAGCACGGCUCGGCUCGGAGCCCCGAGCAAAGGCAGUGGGCGAGGGAGCACAAGUCCAUCGCCGUGGGCGCAGACGAGAACAUGAACGACGUGGUCAUCUACCGCCGGUCGGCGACGCGGCGGAGGGACGCCUUCGCGCAGGCGGGGCCAGACACGAGGAGCGCGGCGGUCGGGGUGACGGAGGCCAUGCUGGGCGUGACCACCGAGGCCGAGGCGGAGAUCGAGAUGCAGCACCAGACCAUCGACGCCCUCAAGGACAAGAUCUACAGGCUGGAGGUGCAGCUGAAGGAGACUACGCACGAGAUGGAGAUGGGCAAGCUGAAGCUGGAGCUCCAGGUGGCGGGGUCGCGGAAGAAAGCCGACAAGGGCUGCACGGCCAGGCCGGACACGUUCAGCACAGCGGUGGAGGCAAAGGUCCAGACGCAAAGCCUGGGAGUGGGCAACCACCUGGAGCUCAGCGACGCCAGCACCGGCAGGGUUUCUCAGACCCUCGCAGUGGCCGUUUCAUGCAGGCCAGAGCUGCGGCACAUCGCUGCGGGCCCAGAGGUCGCUAUGGAUCGCUGGGUUGUACGGGAAAGAGUGCAGAGCCAAGAUCAAUGCGUUGGAAAUCAUGUUGCAACGUGUAAUCAGAAUGUGGGGACAGAGCUGAGUGUUUGUGAAAUGGGAAUCAAUACAGAGGAGACAGUGGACAGCAUAGGCCUGCGUAAGGCAGGCCUUGAACAGGCGAAGGAAUACCGGUCGAUCGGGUGCGGAGACUGCCCGGUGGACGUGACGGUUUGUCCCCCGAAGGUGCUGGCCUCUCUGGGCAUGGUGACGGACCAGGUGAGCAGAGCGGACCUGGGGGUCAUGGCCGCGCCUCAGACCAGCUCCCAGCACACGAACACGGCGACAGACGUCACGAGCAGGUUCACCAACACGGACAGGGCGGUCCUCACCGACUCCUGCACCAACACCGUGCUGAGCACCCAGGAGAAGCACACCAGCACGGCGCCCACGGAGACCAGGACGGUCGCCGUGGGAGACGGGCGCGUGAAAGACACGAAUACGGGGCCUAAGACGCGCUCCGUCGCGGUCGGGACCUCCGCGCCGGGGGAGGCUGCCCCAGACAAGCCACCCACCGCCAAGACCAAAGAGAGCGGGGUCGGGCUGACCAGCGUGAGCGAGAACUUCCUGGUGGGCCUGAAAACGAGGAGCAUCGCCUGUGGCCCCUCUGGCCCUCUCGAUCCCACCAAAACGAGAAGCGUUGGAGUCGGGGACGGAAUGGUAGAAGAGCCAGCUCCAGUAGAGCAACUACAGCCCCAGACAGCGGCCGGGCUGGACCAUUACAUCGAGCGCGUGCAGAAGCUGCUGCAGGAGCAGCAGACGCUCUUGGCGGAGAACUACAGCGAGCUGGCCGACGCCUUCGGCCAGCCCCACUCCCAGAUAGGCUCCAUCAACAGCCAGCUGGUCAGCACCCUGUCCUCCAUCAACUCAGUGGUGAAGUACGGCAGUGUGGAGGAGCUGCGCAGCAUUGACGUCCUCAAGAGGUGCCCGGAUUCUACAAGUGCCAUUCAAGACGCGGGACAGCCACAGAUGGUCAGCAGGACGGGGACGUGGUCCGUCACCUCAGGGGCAGAGGUCACCCAGAGCGAGGGUGCGACGUCGGCGCCCUCUGCUGGCGAGACUAGGCCUCCCACGCAGCAGCAGAGCGCGGCCACACAGAAGAGUCUGAUGGACCAGCAGAUGUCCUCUGCUCUGCAUGGGCAGCCUUGCAGUCAGAGCACUCUGAAGUCCAUCAUGAAGAAGAAGGAUGGACACUCGGGUUCCAACGGCACCAAAAAGAACCUGCAGUUUGUGGGAGUCAAUGGAGGGUAUGAGACGACGUCCAGCGACGACUCCAGCUCGGAGGAGAGCAGCUCCUCGGGGUCGGAGGACGAGGACGAGGUGAAGGUUUUCGGAGGGGAGGAGGCGCCUGGGGGCUUGGAGGGGAGGCAGGCGGGGGAGUUCCGCAACAAGGGAGCUGUUGAAGUCAGAAGAGCGGUGGAAGAGGGCAGUCCUGAGAAACAGGAAGUGAGGGAGAGGUAUGAGUUGAGUGAGAAGAUGGUAGCUGCCUGCAACGUUCUGAAAAGCCACCUCAAUGACGGCAAGGCUUUAACUGGCAAAGAUGUGCGAGCGUGUCUGAACACGAUCCAGCACGAGUGGUUCCGGGUGUCCAGUCAGAAGUCAGCGGCGCCGGCCAUGGUGGAGGACUACCUGUCCGCCUUCCGCGCCGUGUCCCCCGCCGUGCUGCGGCACGUGGUCAACAUGGCCGACGGCAACGGCAACACCGCCCUGCACUACAGCGUGUCCCACUCCAACUUCGACAUCGUCAAGAAGCUCCUGGAUGCAGAUGUCUGCAAUGUCAAUCAGCAGAACAAGGCGGGCUACACCCCCAUCAUGCUCGCUGCCCUGGCCGCCGUUGAGGCCCAGAAGGACAUGAGGAUCGUGGAGGAGCUCUUCAGCAAAGGCGAUGUCAAUGCCAAAGCCAGCCAGGCCGGCCAGACGGGGCUGAUGCUGGCGGUCAGCCACGGCAGGAUGGACAUGGUGAAAGCCCUGCUGGCCUGCGGGGCAGACGUCAACAUCCAGGACGACGAGGGCUCCACGGCGCUGAUGUGCGCCAGCGAGCACGGCCACGUGGAGAUCGUCAAGCUGCUGCUGGCCCAGCCCGGCUGUGACGCCACCCUGAGUGACAGCGACGAGAGCACCGCCCUGUCCAUCGCGCUGGAGGCUGGGCACAAGGACAUCGCCGUGCUGCUGUACGCCCACGUCAACUUCUCCAAAGCCCAGUCCCCGGGGACACCCCGCCUCGGGAGGAAGACGUCCCCCAGCCCCACGCGGAGAAGCGUGUUCGAUUAGGGCGCCAGUGCUCUGAAGCCCCGCCUCUCUCCCACACCCCCAUGCUGCUAUUCGUUCACUUUCAAGGGCACCGAGGGUCGUUUUCCACACACUCAUGUGGGGAAAUUAUUUAUCUGGAAAGCAGCAAGCGUCAAUCAGUUGGCCGGUUAAAGGCUAUCCAGUCAGUUUGUGCUUGUGGCUUCCAUCCAAACGCUUUCCCCCUUGGCGCUAGCUUUUCGGAUAUAUAGCAUUCACUACAGUAAUCACUUCUAGAGACCUUGACUUCAAGCUCCGAUUGUUCACGCUGAAAGAAUAAUCCUGGUUUUAGGAGCUGAUCAUGUUUUGCUUUCGGAACGCAGCCCUAGGUGCCCCUUGAUCUGGACACUCUCUGAAUGUAUUCAUGAGUUUCAUUUGUGCCUGAUCUCACCAGCAGUUCUCCGCAAUAGAGGUAAGGAGCAUCUGCCACACAUGCUGAAGAGGCAGUUAACCGGGAAAGCGUCUGUCAGCGUUAGCUCUAAACACCGAGACGCUUUCCUCGUUCUUCAGUGUUGUGCCCCACAUGUGCGGCCCUGUCUGCCCUUUCCAUUUCAAUCUGCAUUUAUAAUGUCAGCAGAAGCCAAGCAUUAAGCGUCAGAGGAAGAUGGAAGAUGUUAGCUACUGAAGCAUACCUCUAUUGCCUCUUGUGUCGUAAUACAAUAGAUGUU